GGUUUUCGAACCGAAACCAAAACCGUGAAAAAGCCUCACGGUUCGGUUCCGGUUCCACAUUUCCUAAAACCGGAACCGGUUCAUGAACCGUGGGCAACACUAAUCCCACCCAUUGUUUUACCCCCCAUUUAUCCUCCCAUUUUUCUAUUGUAUCGAGUAGUAGUACUUUGUUUAGUUAGUGGAGUAACUUUUCGCUAAUUGGUUAAUACAAAUAAAGAGCUUUUUUAAAAAAUAAAAAAUAAAAAAUAGAUAUUAUAGUAAGAAUAGUUUUAUUAUUGAGUUAUAUGUUGAUUUUUUAAAACAGAAAUAGUAACAGUUGGCUGUGAAAAUGGGAUGGAAAGAGUAAAAUUUUGACUUUUUUGAGCCAUAAUUAUAGCAAAAAAUAAAAAAUCUGAAAGUAAAUAUAGAAAGACACGAUUUUAGCUGUCGAUAUAAAACGCGAAACGUAUAUAUCCUCUCAUUUCACUGCGCUACCAAAAAAGGGAAAAUUUGAAGAAAUGGCUAUAGCUUUCUCUGCAUUGCUGAAGCGAACGUCAGUGAUUAACUCAGCGAUCGGCGGUUUCCAAGCAUCAAGGGCAUUCGCGUCAGUUGCAGUGGGCUCGGACUUGAUAUCGGCCGCAUCGGAUAUUUCCCUCCAGAAAGCUCGCUCUUGGGACGAAGGCGUUUCGUCCAAAUUCGCCACCACUCCACUCAGACACAUUUUCAAGGGCAAGAAAGUUGUUAUCUUUGGGCUUCCGGGAGCAUACACUGGAGUGUGCUCGGCACAACAUGUCCCUAGCUACAACAGAAAUAUCGACAGCUUCAAGAGGAAAGGAAUUGAUUCGGUUAUAUGUGUAGCUGUCAACGAUCCCUAUACAAUCAACGCCUGGGCUGAAAAACUUCGAGCUAAAGAAGCUAUUGAAUUUUAUGGAGAUAUCGAUGGUAGCUUCCACAAGAAGCUUGACUUGAUGAUAGAUCUAUCCGCUGCAUUACUUGGACCUCGAUCCCACAGGUGGUCGGCUUAUGUGGAUGACGGCAAGAUUAAAGUUCUAAACAUCGAGAAAGCUCCUUCCGAGUUUGACGUUUCUAGUGGCGACGUCAUCCUCCAACAGAUCUAAGGCAGUUGUUAAUUGUUAGACUUCAGAUUUUGCCACAUUUUAUAUGGGCAUUGUUUACUCAUUCUGAAUAAGGAUGUCAAAUUUCUAAAA